AUGGGCGUCGGCGAGGGCACGCCGGCGCUCGUCGGCCGCGGCUGCUACGUCGUCUGCGGGCUGUUCGACGUGCGGUGCCUCGACGGCGACAGCGGCGCGGCGACCUGGACCUUCGCGCCCGGCGGCCAGAUCGGCGCCUGCGGCGGCUACGACGGCGCGCGCGUCUUCGUCGGCACGCUGCGGAAGGAGCUGGUCGCGAUCGACGCCGCGGACGGGGCGGAGCUGUGGCGCUACGAGGGCCAGGGCGAGGUCCAGUCGACGCCCGCCGUCGGCGCCUCCCAGCUCUACGUCGGCUCCUACGACGAUUGCCUCUACGCCUACGCGCUCGCCGGCGGCGCUUCGCGGUGGCGGACGUGCACGGCCGGGCGCCUCGAGGCGAGCGCGCUCGUCGUGGAGCGGCACGGCGCCGAGGUCGUCGUCGUCGGCUCGGGCGACGGCCACGUCUACGCCUUCUCCGCCGCGGGGGACGUGCUGUGGCGGACGCGGCUCGGGAACGCCGUGUCUUUGCUGCGGCAGGGCGGCGUGGGGUCGUCCGCGGCGCUCCGCGGCGACACGCUCUACGUCGGCGGGCCCGACGCCUUCUUCGCGCUGGACGCGGACAGCGGCGCGGAGCGCUGGCGGCACACGACGGGCGCGAUGGUCGGGAGUUCGCCCGCGGUCUUCGGGACCCGCGUCUACGUCGGCUGCGAGGACGGCUACCUCUACGCCUUCGACGUGGAAGACGACCCGUGA